UCGCAGAUGGGUCAGGGACUCUGGAGAGUUGCUAGGAACCAGCAACUACAACACCAAGGAUACAGUGGACAAGGCUAUCUUACCAGAGAACAUGGUAGGAGGAUAGCUACUAACAAUGUUUCCAAUACAAGCCAUCGCAAACAAGCCCAAGGAGGCAUUGACAUCUACCACCUGUUGAAGACAAGAAAAUCUAAAGAACAAGAAGGAUUCAUUAACCUGGAAAUGCUUCCACCAGAGCUUAGUUUUACCAUUUUAUCAUACCUGAAUGCAACCGAUCUCUGUCUAGCUUCAUGUGUCUGGCAGGAUCUUGCUAAUGAUGAGCUUCUCUGGCAAGGGUUGUGCAAAUCCACUUGGGGUCACUGUUCUAUAUACAAUAAGAAUCCGCCUCUAGGAUUUUCUUUUAGAAAAUUGUAUAUGCAGCUAGAUGAGGGCAGUCUCACCUUUAAUGCCAACCCUGAUGAGGGAGUCAACUACUUUAUGUCCAAGGGCAUACUAGACGAUUCGCCGAAAGAAAUAGCCAAGUUUAUCUUUUGCACAAGAACACUAAAUUGGAAGAAGCUGAGAAUCUACCUUGAUGAGAGGCGAGAUGUUUUGGAUGACCUUGUGACGCUGCACAACUUCAGAAAUCAGUUCUUGCCAAAUGCACUGAGAGAGUUCUUCAGACACAUUCACGCUCCUGAGGAGCGUGGGGAGUACCUUGAGACUCUCAUAACAAAGUUCUCUCACAGGUUCUGUGCUUGUAACCCUGAUUUGAUGAGAGAGCUUGGCCUUAGCCCUGAUGCAGUUUAUGUACUGUGUUACUCUUUGAUUCUACUUUCCAUUGAUCUAACAAGCCCUCACGUGAAGAACAAAAUGUCAAAGAGGGAAUUCAUCCGAAAUACACGACGAGCUGCACAGAAUAUUAGCGAAGAUUUUGUAGGGCACCUUUAUGACAACAUCUACCUUAUUGGCCACGUGGCUGCUUAAAAGCACAAUUUGCUAGCACUUAAAGUUUGUAAUUUUCAAAAACUACAUCAAUUCAAGAAAUUAUUUUGUAGAGAUGGGGGUUAUUUUAGUGCUGGUCAUUCUAACCUUUGUAUGCAAUCAAAGUUUGUGUGUGUAAGUGUGUGUAUGUGUAAACUACCUUUUCUAUCUAUUUACCGUGGGAACAGAAGGAUUUGGAGAUUUGUUUUUCAUAAUUUUUUUUUAGUUUUGCACAAAACAAUGUCAUUAGUCUGACACAGCCAUUUACGAAUGUUAAACUGACAUUACAGUCUAAGCUGACAAAGUGGUGAAUUUGUGCAUUAGAACUGCUUGAAACUUUAAUAAGUUCAUUCUUUUUAGAAUACCAUGUAAUGUGUAUAUAUUUAACUAAAGAGAUUUAUAAUCAUAAUUAUUUUAUUGUAAAAUAUUUUAACUAAAAUUUCUCCUUUUAUCUCUUAAAAA